AUGAGCCAAUCCGGGUGGACAGGAAGUAUUAAUGACAGGAUUCUGUUCAGUGCAGCCAUUGUGCACAGACAACGAGACAUCAACAUCAGGCCGGAGCCAGCAAAGUCCGCGCCUAAGAAGGACUCCAAGAAAGCCAUCACCAAGACUGCAGGGAAGGGCGGCAAGAAGCGCCGAAAGUCCAGGAAGGAGAGCUACGCCAUUUACGUGUACAAAGUCCUGAAGCAGGUCCACUCCGACACCGGCAUCUCCUCCAAGGCCAGGGGAAUCAUGAACUUGUUCGUGAACGACAUCUUCGAGCGUAUCGCCAGAGAGUCCUCACGCCUGGCCCACUACAACAAGCGUUCUACCAUCACCUCCAGGGAGAUCCAGACCGCCGUGCGUCUGCUGCUCCCUGGUGAGCUGGCCAAGCACGCAGUGUCUGAGGGCAGCAAGGCCAUAACCAAGUACACCAGCUCCAAGUAA